AAAAGCACUAAAGUGGCUGCAAAAAGAAGCUGGCCACUAAUGGCUGCAACUGUCAUGUUCCUGCUUGGAGUUUUGCAGCUUGGAGUCCUUCCUUGUGCCAUGGCCCAGACAGUCAGACUGCCCCUGAAGAAGGUCUAUUUGAAAGACCACAAAGAGAGCAUUGAGUCAGGGAUUGAGACUAUUGAGGAGAGACAUGGAAGAGGUCUAGCUGAAGUUAAUAUAACGAUGACAAACAUCUAUGAUAUGCAAUAUUAUGCAAGUCUUCUCAUCGGAGAUGCUAAACUAAACCAGACCUUCCUAUGGGAUACAGGGUCUACACUUAUGUGGAUUCCUCUAAACAACUGUUCUUCGUGCCCAAGCACCAAUAAAUAUACUCCAGCAAGUUCUUACUCAAGCACAGGCACAAGGCACACUAUCAACUAUGGUUCAGCACAAGUAGAAGGGGAUGUUGCCAAUGAAAAAGUCUACAUCAGCUCUUCUUCAGUCCCUGUAACUAUGGAGCUUCUCGGUGUAGAUACAGCUAGUUCAGCUACCCAAAACCUCGCAGCUGAUGGGAUUAUUGGAAUGGCCCCAGCCAUUACCGAAGGAAGACCUGGCACUCUCUUAGUGGAGAAACUCUAUAAUGCAGGAAUUAUCGGCAAGAAUGCUUUCGCAAUCGAUUACAGAUGGUUAAAUGGCACAUCAUCGAUUCUUCUUGGAGGCUAUGAUACUGAUCUUAUCAAAAAUGACAAGGCUUUUGAUUGGAUUAGCUUGAACAAUAAUACUCAUUGGAUUGUUGCGAUGAAUACGGUCAAGUAUGGAGGUACCGAACUUAGCAUGUCAUCUACCAGCGCAAUUUUUGAUUCAUCAAGAUCUUUCACAUCGUUUCAGUAUUCAGAUUUCAUGAAAAUUUGGAAUGAAAUUAAAGAUGGCAAAGAUUGAGGAUACAUAACUGGGACGACUGUAUUUGCUUGCUACUGUGACUCGGUUAAAGACUUUAAAGAUAUCACAUUUAAGCUUGGAGAGCACGAUAUCAAGAUGCCUGCCUCUGCUUACUUCGAGUACUUUGCAGGAACCACUUCCAAUGGAGUUUGUUCACUCUAUAUAAAUUUCUACACUGUAGAUUUUGGUGGCCUUGUGAUCCUGGGAGACUCCUUCCUGAGAGAGUACUAUGUCUACCAUGACGUUCAAGGCCAGAGAGUGGGGCUAUACGGAAAGAACUAUUCGGCCAAUACAUCUGCAUUCUCAGUUCUUGUGUUUAUUAUGUUAUUCAUAAGUUUUCACUUUUAA